AUCAAAACACAUGGUUUGAAAGUAGUAAAUAGUUAAGCAUUGUGGCUCCGAAAAGGGGGAAAAGAAUGACAGAGGACAUGACCUCUGUAGCAACUUUGGCCGCGUUCCCCUUUGGCGAGGGGCCCCAUGCAUACAUACAUGCAACCCCCCUGUGACCUCUGCCGUGGGGCUACUCGUACCGCACUAGCACCUGUAUUCAGUGCGCCUGCCUGCCGGUCCCGUUUUGGAGGAAAAAAAGUUGCAAUGCUACAGCUUCCGCUCUGUGCGUCUCAAGGGCAAAAAGGGAAAACGAGCUGGCCACCCACAACAAAUGAGCACUGACUGCUCUGCUCUGCUCCUAAUACAUUCUCCCACCACCACCACCUUUCCCCCCCUUUUUUUUACUUUUGAGCGGACAAACCUCACCACUUGUACUACAGUUGGACAUACCCCUUUCUUAGCAUUAUUGUUAUUUUUAAAGAAGAUUUCAAAGCGGUGGCGUGCUCCGCGGCAGCGACAGCAUGGGCGCACUGUGACCGAGCUUGGAGCGCCAUAUGCGGCACCGUGUUACCACUCCCUCCCGCCCCUUCUUCGUCAUGCGGUGGAUCACCCCACGAUCCAGCAUCCUCUUGAAUAGAUUUUAAAAUCUUUUCCAGUCGACCUAAAUGGAGGAUUUCGCGAUGGAAAGAAGACGACCUCUAAAAUGAAAGACAAACUUUCCUCAAGUCUCUUGAUUAUAAACACCAUUUUGUGCCGAUAUGUUGGAGAUUGGGAGGAUUAAGAGAGGACUAUCCACAAGAACAUGAGAGUUGUACACCCCCGGAUGAAGAUGAAGAUGCCACGGAGGAUGGCGUUGCACGACCGGGAGGCUGGAGAGUGAACGCCGGCUUUGGUGCGUCUUUGCUCGGUCACGGAGAACACGGACACGCGCAUACAGAGAAGGACAGACAUCUUUGGAUGUAAAUGAUCCAAAAUUAUUAUUAUUUGUAGUUGGCUGGCUCCAUAGGACUACCGUGGAUACAAUGGGGAUUAUGCUCCAAGUUAUUCUAGGAAUGUUUCAAUUCCUGCUGCUCACCACAAUCCCAACGUCCCACGCCAAGCUGGCUCACUGGCAUCCAACUGACACAUCCAAAUCCAGAGAAGGUCGAGAAGUGCGACGGUGGUUGGAGGUGUACUCCCGCAGUGGUUGCGAGCCCCGAGAGACCUUGGUGGAGGUCUGGCGGGAGUUGCCGGGGGAAACGCACCACCUUUUCGUGCCCUCCUGCGUAGCGGUGAGGAGGUGCGGUGGAUGCUGCACCGACGAGGCCAUGGAGUGCGUGCCCUCGCUCACGCACAAGCUCACCAUGGAGCUGAUGAGGACUUCCUUUAUGAAACAUGAGCUGAUUCAGCUGACUUUUGUGGAACACAGCCAGUGUGAGUGCAGGUUAAAAGAACAGCUGCGGCUGACACCAACGACAAGGCCCUAUCACGAGCCAACAAGAGUCAAGAAAAAGGGCCGAGGAAGUAAGACAGUUGGAGGCAUCCGAAAUGCGACUCCCGUUUUCUCCUUUCCCCCAACCAGCUCUCCUCCUCCGCCGACUUUGCGGCCAUCUUGUCGGCCAUGCAGAGGCAGAAAGUGGACGCUGGAUGCGACCUCAUGUCGAUGUCUCUGCAGAAUCACUGCUGAGAGCUGCCACCGAAAGCACCGGCAACUCGACCCGCAUCGCUGCAGGUUGGUGUAAACUGCAGACACAUGUGCAAUGAGCCGCCGGCUGUUCGUUGUUCGGUAUUUUCUUUUUUUUUUUCCUGCCAAUCCAAAAAGGAAGAAACAGC